UCAGCCAUUAAUUAUCUUUUUUUUCUCUGUCUCUCUCAGAUUCCUCAGAAACCUGUGAAAGCAGCUCUGGCUCCAUGUCUGUGUCUCGCUGUCAGCUCUUUGAGGCUGGUUUUCCAGCUGAUGACUUACACCUCAAUGAUCCCAACUGUAAAGGAACAGUCCGGAAUGGCAGAGUGGAAUUCCAUUUUGAUAAUGAUGAACACAUCUGUGGUACAAAUCUUGUGGCUAACGGCACCCACUUCAUCUAUGAUAACUUUAUUCUGGGGACAGCGAGGUCAGAAGGUUUCAUCAGCAGAGAGAAAAUCCUGAAGCUUUCUUUCAGCUGUGUUUAUCCUCAAACACAAACACUUUCCAUGAAUGUGGAAAUCAACCCACUGGAGAGCAUUGUGCACAAGACUCUUCCCGCUGGUGAAGACAAAUAUCGUGUCCGGAUGAUUCCAUAUCAGGAUGAUGAGUUUACCCGGCCCUUCACUGGUGCAGUGGAUGCAGAGCUCAACCAGGAGAUGCAUGUGGAAGUUCGUGUUGAGGGGGUCGACAGCCGCCAGUUUGCCCUGGUGUUGGACACGUGUUGGGCUACACCUGUGAAUGAUCCUGAUUACAGCCUCCGCUGGGAUCUCAUCAUUUCAGAGUAA